AUGGAGGGAGGGGGCCAAGCUUGGUCCAUUGCGCGAGGCGGUGAGUGGAUCGGGGCAAGGCGUGCUGAGAGAGUCAGCCACUGACCAAAUGGCUUUCCGCGCCUCUCUCGACGCAGAGAGCGAUAUCGCGGAUAUCGUCCCUCAUCACUAUCAGCCUCUGGACCUUGACCUCGGCGCUUCGAACGCAGUACAACCAAAUGCUGCGGCCAAUUCGCGCUCUUACGAUCAAGCACUGGCGCACCGUUCGAGCCCGCCGCGCGCAGCGCGCUCCUUGUACGUCCCUCCGGGCGAAAGUCCAUUGAGAAGGAGGAGACAUUCAAACACACCUCGAAUGGUCGUUAUGGAUGAUCGUGCAGUGGAACAAGCCUACGAGCUGAGCAAUUCCGCAACACAGACGAGCAGGCAGCGUCAAGCGUCCAAUUCAUCCGCUUAUCCCCCAAGCUUUGCCGAAUCUCAGUGUGAGUGGAGAGCAGCGGUGGGAAGAAGAAUUGCCACAACUUUGCUGCAACGAGCUGAGAGACAGUGACUGCCACGCGUGCAUGCAUGACGUCCGAUUUCUCUGUUCGCGCAGUCGCUACCAUCAUACGCAGACAGCGCAAACGCAGAAUCGUCUCGCCUACUUUUGAGAGAUUGGAGAGCGGAGAUGCGGUGGUGGGCGAGGAGGAAGUGGCACAAGGCGAAGCUUGCGCCGUGCAGCGCAAAGGAGGACGUCUUAGUGGCGGCCGCAGCCGCAGGCGAGGGCACUCUGCGGCGAACAGGUCGGCCGCAGCUCGCUUUGAUGGCAAGGAGAAGCACCAUCAUCGUCAUUCGAACAGUACUUACCCUGUCGAGCAGUAUACGGAUCCCAGCGCGUGCGACUCUUUCCACGUUGACGAUGCGCUCGAUUCAGGCUCGUCGGAUGUGGAGUUCGCAGGAUGGGGCAGCAUGUCCAUGCUCGUCUUCAACCAGACCGAGCUGGAAUCUGCCGAGCACAAAGUGCUCCGUCGACCGGUCGCGAUGCUUGGCCAAUGGCGCGCGUUCGCACUAGCAGGCAACGCCGUGACGGGAAGCGCCUUCUACUCUCUUCCUGCCGUGUUGGCCGUGAGCGGCGCAUUGAGUCCGAUCGGCAUGGCCCUCGCUGCGCUGCUGCUUUGGCCUUUCAGACCCAUCCUCGUCGAAUUGGCUAGCGCACUCGGAGGCUCGGAUGCGGGAAACUUUACCUACCUUUCAAACUCUACCAGUGGAGCUACACUCUUUCCGCUACUUGCUGCCGCUUUCAAUCUCUUGGACGCGCUAGCUACGGGCGCGGUGAGUGCUGCAACAGCUGCAAGCUAUAUUUCUGCCGAGACGAUGACGACGACGACGACGCUUGUGGAUAUGAAAUUGAUCAGCGUGCUACUCAUACUGGCAACAUCCAUCAUCUGUCUAAUGGGAAUCAAGGACAGUUCCAAAGUUGCACUGGGCAUGGUCUCUUUGCACCUUGUCACCAUGCUCAUCCUAAUCAUCGCCGGACUGAUCAGCUGGGUCAGAAUGGGCAAUGUGCAACUACGUUCCAACUGGGUCGAUUUUUUCCAUGGAGAUGCAGUCUCUACCGUAAGCAGACGCACAUUGACGCGACGCAACGGCGGCAGCGAAAAGAGUGCAGUGAGAAUCGUCUUUGAUGCUACUUGUUUGGCCUUUGUUGGCCUGACGGGCGUGGAGACCACUCCGGCGUAUGUGGCCUCGGUCAAGAGAGGCAGCUUUGAAAAAGCUCUGAGGAACUUGCACAUAUCUAUUCUCACCGAGCCUAUGCUUGCCUUGCUCAUAGUGGCUGUCAUGCCGUAAGUGCUGCUGGCGUCAGAAUGUGACCGUAUUUUGGGGCUGACACAACGAAGUCACAAUGCACUGAAAUCUCUUCUCGUUCGGGACGCAGCCUCUCAUCAUCCAUUGGCACGCCAAACAUUCUAGCCAGUCUGGCUCAAACUAGUACCGGAGCAUGGUUGCGCUACUUAGUAUUGACUGAUGCCUGUAUAGUGCUCAGCGGAGGCAUCAUCACGGGCGUAGUAGCCUUGUGCGGCACAGUGGAAGCCUUGGUCUCGAGCAAGGUCUUGCCGCGAUUUUUGUCCUGGACUUUGCCGCGAACGGCAACGAUGGCUAACGCUGUGCUGCUCUUUGCGGCGUUGACCAUGUGUAUGUGCGCUACGGCUCGCUUUGACUUGACGGUGCUUAGCGGCGUUUGUGAGUGGGAGGAGUACGAUUGGCACGUAGGCAGAGAGCUACCACCUUGUGGGUUUGCACCUGCAUCAACUGACAUUGUGAACUUUCCGUCGUUGCGCGCUAGUCUCUAUGGUCUUCCUGUGCGUCCUGACGUGCUUUCCUAUCUCCUUGCUCUGCAUCGUGAGUCCCUUACCCGCUCAUAACAGGGUAGAUUACCACGAUUGACCAUGCUUCCCUUUCCUCUGCCUCUCUUCUGCAGCUCCACUCUCGACGCACUCUGCCUCGCGAACGAAAAGCUUCGCUGCUCGUCAUUCUGACAUCGCUUUCCAUUGGGCUUGUUGCUAUAGCAGGCAAUGCGGCUCUAGCACCCAUCACAUUGGCUCAAAUGGUAGCGUACACAGCAGUCAUACUCUUCGUCCUGCUCGCUCUGCAUCAUCGCAUCGCGCUGGUCAAGAUGUUUCUCUGGACCAUCGACCAGGAAUGGACGCUUUGGAACAGAAACUCGAGGAUGAGAAAGAAUGCUAAGAGCAAAGAUGGACUCGAUCGAUCUUCCGCUUGGAGGAAGAGCAUCAUUGCGUGGAUCAGAAAGAAUAGGUCGGACGUCGUGGUGUAUUUUACAAAGACGGACGAAAUAUCCACCUUGGUCAGGGUGCUCAGCUAUAUCCAUGAGGUAAGGCACAUGAGCCUGCACGAAACAACACGGCGGGCAUUGCUGAUGAAACUGUCCUCAUUUCGCUUCGACUCUCCAUUCUAAGCACGAACCGGCUUGUUCUCGCGUCAUUCUCGUACACUGUUUCGACCGCGUUUCGCAUAUCCCAUCGGAGCUCGAAGCCAAUAGUCAAUUGGUGGACGAAAGCUUUCCUACCAUCACCGUCGACCUGAUCUUUGGUGAGAGUCUUCACGUUCCUUUGCUUUUUGUUCUGCAUCAUCGCGCAAGACUAAUCAGCCUUUGACACGCUUCUUCGACACGCGCCGCGCCACUAGUCCAAGCAGAAUUUACUCCAAUCGUCGUGCAGGCUUUAUCGGACAGGUUGGGAAUGCCUACUAGCAGAAUGUUCAUCUCUUGUCCCUCUGGAUCAGGUAUUAUUCAGCAAGCACAAUGCUCCUCAAACGUAUCUCCCUCAAGCACCCCGAGCACGAGCGCCGCGAAUCUUUCUUCUCGCUUUGAGCUGCCAGACUUUGGAGGCUUGCGCAUCAUUACGGGCCAUUAG